GAGUCUUCCUGCGCGAUAUUGGUAAUGAGUCAAGUUUAGCAAAGAAAUAGCGAAUAAAGACAGUAGUUGCUUGAGCUCUGACUUUCUAAUGCUUAAAAGCUUAAAAGCGUACAAGUCUUGCCUCAACCCGGCCUCUGUCAUUUAAGCUCUCAGCGUUGCGUGGUGUACUUCAGUCGCGAAGUCUUGUCAAGAUGACAGUAAAUCAACCAGCGAAACCAGGGUUCAUACAGAUCAGCACCACUCUUACGAAACUACCAUACCCACCAUUGGAGGAACGCCCGACUGUAAGAACCAAACGUCUUGUUCUCAGGCCAUUCUAUGAGGAUGCUGCAAAAGACCUUUUUCCCAUGCGCGCACAGAAAGAGGUCAUGAUGUGGACAGCACAAGGCGCCCCAGACAAGGAUCUUGAGGAAACACAGAAAUGGGCUGCACAAAGGCUACCGCCGCAUGACGAAACCAAUCUCUAUUAUGUCAUCAGUCUCAUUGAGACUGGCGAAGUCAUCGGAGCUGGUGGCACCUACAGACGAGAGUGUGAACUAGGCUGGCCGGCAAUUGGAUACGCAUUCCGCAAGGAAGCUUGGGGGAAGGGCUACGCCACUGAGUUUCUCGUUGCGUUUAUGAGGAUUUGGUGGGAACUUCCUCGAGUUGAGAGUUCGAUCGCUGUGGAUAGAGCGACAUUGAGUGAGGAUGAGAUAGUUGCCAGUGUGAAUGGUACUAUUACGGAGCGAUGCGCUGCGGAGACGAUAAAGGAGAAUGUGGGCAGUAAGCGCGUUUUGGAAAAGGCUGGGUAUACGUGGGUUAAGGAAUGGAGGAAUGAGGAGAAGAAUUGGUCGAUAUAUGGAUGGGUGACAACUGCUGAGCAACUGCCUGCAAAUUAGUCAAUGACCUGGAAUAAUAUAAGCGUUCUCAAGUUUGUUGUCACUUGAAUCUUCUUUACUCUCUCAGCUAAUACACAUGCAUCAAACUAACAGCAGGUCUUGGAUCAGGCAGAGAGACGAAAAUGUGAGCUUCAAUAUCC